CCACCAGUACUUAGACCUCCACCAUGGAGUCAGCCGAACAACUGGACUCUGAUAUCAGCGAAUUGCACGCUCGCAUAGCUACAUUGAAAGCACAUCGCGCGAAUUUGUCUUCAGUGCUCCUCGCGCAGCCACACAUUGCAGCGCGUCUUGGUAACGAUGCCAUCGCAAAGCGCCUGAUCGACCACCAAUCGACACGAAAUCUCGAGAACACAUAUCGCGCCUGCGCCGGAGUGACUGCAUACAAAGUCAAAGAUCCUGACCCACGUGCAGCGCGCAAUGGGGACAUACUCGGCAUAAGCAUCGAGGUGCCUGUCAAUGGCGGGUUCAUUGAUACAUACCACGUUCUUCUCACAGUAACGGACUCCAAUCGUCUACGUAUUCACAAACAUACGAUACCGACCUCUAUCCCAGUCCAGCAGCUAGCCAACAAGUGGUUACCACAAGGUACAGCGAACGGGGAUGGCUUGAAGGAAGCAGAGCAGGACCUUGUCAAAUUUGGGCGGGCGCUGAGGAGAGAACUGGUCAGCUGGCACAUGCGUCUCCAGACUGUUCAGGAUCUGAGGAAGGAGGCAAUGCUCCCCGAUGCGGAUGCAGGGGACGAUGAGACAGACUUCAUCUCUGGUGGCAGGGUGAUGAACGCUUUCGUGAGCGACGACAGCUCGGACGCCGAGGAGGAGGACAGCAAUGGUCCAAUCCGUAUCCUUGACCUUGAGGCAGAUGCUGCCGUUCGACAAGUCACGAUCACUUGGUCAGAUGGGCGUACGGCUUUACUAGCGGUUACCAAGGAUGGUAGGGUCGAGAAAGCUACUUGCAGGGCGAGAGGUGGUGGACGAGAUGGCGUGUCGAGCACGAAGGCUAUUGGACCGCUCAGCGGCCUGCUACGCAGGCUUUCCUUGUAGGCGCAGUAGCAUAGUUCGACGGUUUCACGGCAGGCGUUCAGUGAUGUUUACGAUACCCAGAUUCUUGAAUGAGCAACCGAUUUCCUUAACACAGAGCUGACGUCCUAUUUGAGACAAACCGGAAGUAGUGGCCGCCCGCAAGACAGGUCACUUGUCUUUCACAAACCUGGUCUGCCAGCAAGGUACUCACAGGAACUCGGUCAGGGUUGUUGCAAAUCCUGACUCAGAAGCGCAUCCCGAUCGGUGUUGGUCAUACAAAGCGUUUGGAAAAUUUGUUCGUGUCUGCAAGGGCGGCG